GUCCAUUCUUCAGUUUUAUAUGCUAUCUCUCUCCUUCAUCUUUAGUUAUGUGGUUACCAUUCUAUAGUACAUGCUUAAUCAGUGAUUGUGCUUCCUACCAAAGAAAUUAUGACCACAUCAUUUGAACCACCAAAUUUAUUAAUUUUCAUUUCUGAUCAUAAUUUUAUUUUAUUUUUUGGGCUUAAAAUUCCAAUAUUUCAUCUCCCAAUGUUGUUUUCAGCCUUAAAUUUUCAAUUGGGCUAAAAUUCCAAUAUUUCAUCUUUGAUUUUGCCAAUGAGAUUUUUGAUGUUGCCAAGAACACAAAUCUUGGCAACUAUAAAUAUUUCUUUGGAAAAACUUGUACCCAUUCUUUUGGAUAAUAUUCCUAAAAUUUUACGAAAAUACUUUGUAAAUUUAGUGGCCUCAUUUGUUCCAACACCGGAUUAUAUCCCUUUUUAGUUUUUACAUGAAAAGGCCACCAGCGGCUAUAUAUGCUUUGGAUUCUUUUUAAUAUUUUCCUAGUAAUAUGGUUUAUAAAUUUAGAUGGGUCAUUACCAAACAUUUAAGAUGAAAAUGAAUGUGGGUCCACGAAUUUGUUUGUUUUUCAAUUGAUAAUCUUUUAAAUUUGGUGAAAAUUCUAGUUUAUAAGAGCAAAAAGAAAAAAUCUAAGUUUGUUUUUCCAGUAUGGGUGAAUACUCUAGUGAUGCACCUUUACUACUGAAAACACCUGAAGUUGAGAAGAAAACAGUAGCCUAUUUAGUAAAAUCAACAGCAAAAAGGGUUAUCAAAUUGUUAAUAUGGGUGGUUUUUAUUGCCUGGGUUUCCCUUAUGUUUCUUUAUCCUUCAGAAUUCAUGAGUCAUUUUGUUACUAAGAUAUGGAUUGGUGCUACUGAUGGAACCGUUUUCGGUUUGGCAGGAAGUUUGUUUUUUGCUUUCACUGCACCAGUACUGAUAUUAGCAUUUCUUGCCAUAUUGUAUCUUAUCAUAUCGGAGGAGGACGAGAUUCAAGAGAGCAAGGCUUUUAAACGUCCAGCUUUCCGGCUAUGGACGUUCCCUGUACUGGUAGACGGACCAUUUGGGGUAGUGACAGCUGCAGAGUUGAUAGGGAUAUUCCUGGUUGUUGUCUUCGUUAUCUGGGCUUGUGUUGUUUAUACCAUACACAAUUGGAAUGUGAUAUCUACAUAUCAAGAAACUUUCUUCUUCAAGAGCUGUUUGAUGUUGGAGAAAGCAGGAGCUAACCUUGGACUAAUUGGAAUGUUUUGCUUAUCACUUCUGUUUCUUCCCAUAUCGAGGGGAUCUAUUCUUCUUCGCCUUAUAGACAUCCCUUUUGAGCAUGCCACCAGAUAUCAUGUUUGGUUGGGACAUCUUACUAUGGUCCUCUUCACUCUCCAUGGAUUGUUUUAUGUGAUUGCCUGGGCAAUGGAGGGUCGACUACUUGAACAAACAUUUGAAUGGAGAGAUAUUGGUGUGGCGAACCUGGCUGGUGUAAUAUCCCUUACAUCUGGCAUAUUGAUGUGGGUGACAUCCCUCCCUGGAGUAAGGAAGUGGAACUUUGAGCUAUUUUUCUAUACCCACCAACUCUAUGUUGUCUUUGUUAUCUUCUUUGCUAUGCAUGUUGGUGACUUCAUAUACUGUAUGGGUGCUGGAGGAAUAUUCCUCUUCAUGCUUGAUCGCUUCUUGAGAUUCAUCCAAUCUCGUAAGACUGUUGAUAUAAUAUCAGCCACAUCACUUCCUUGUGGAACUGUGGAGCUAGUGCUUUCUAAACCUGCAUGUCUUAGGUAUAAUGCUCUCAGCUUUAUCUUCCUUCAAGUUAGGGAACUAUCUUGGCUUCAGUGGCAUCCUUUCAGUGUAUCGUCUAGCCCUCUUGAAGGCAAAAACCAUCUUUCAGUUCUCAUAAAAGUUCUUGGAGAGUGGACAGACAAGCUUAAAGGAAAAGUCUCAAAUAAUGAAAAUGAACCUCAGAAACUGCUGGAAUCUCAGCUUAAACUGUUGGCAACUGCUUCUGUAGAGGGGCCUUACGGACAUGAAUCUCCAUAUCACUUGACGUACAAGUACCUGGUGUUAGUGGCUGGUGGCAUUGGUAUUUCUCCUUUCCUUGCUGUGUUAAGUGAUGUAAUGCACCGUCUAAAAGAGGGAAAAUCUUGCAUGCCGAAAAAUAUAUUCAUUGUUUGGGCCAUCAAAAACUCAGACGAGAUACCACUUCUAUCAAUGAUAAAUAUGGAUUCCAUAGACCCUAUUUUCUACGAUGCAUUGAAUCUCGACAUUCAAAUUUAUGUCACUCGACAAUCAGAACCUAAAGUGGAAGAGGGGAAGGCAUUUGGAGCUAUGAACUCGUGUGUAUAUCCCAUAUCAAAACGAUCUGCUAUAUCAGUUUUGGUUGGUACUGGAGAUAACAUAUGGUCUGGGAUUUAUAUCAUUGCCUCUUCAAUUGGCUUCAUGGUCUUCCUGGCUCUGUUGGACGCGCUUUAUAUAAAUCCUUAUGGUAUAUAUGCUUGGUGGUACAAGGGGCUUCUUGUAGUGAUAUGCAUGCUAGCUGGUGUUUUCAUUUUUGGAGGUUUAGCUGUGGCUCUUUGGCAUCUAUGGGAGCGAAGAAUGUUAGCAUCCGAGGGUAAAGAAUGUGAUACCAACAUAUCUAACAUGGCGCUUCAUGAUGUGGCCGUUGAACACAAGAAUUCUAAUCAAGAAUAUCUUGUUAAUUCAACUACUCUUCGCUAUGGAUGUAGGCCUGAUUUCAAAGAAAUUUUUGAAUCAUUGUCAGAGAAUUGGGGGGCAGUUGAUGUUGGUGUGUUAGUCUGUGGUCCUGAAACUCUUACAUCAACGGUUGCCAAGGAAAUAAGAUCUCACAGCCUAAGCAGGAAGCAAAAUAAUCCGGUUUUCCACUUCAAUAGCCACAGCUUCGAUCUCUAACUACAUUGAAUAGUAAUUUUAUCUAUUAAUAAAAGGAAGGCUCAAGUAGUCAAGUCUGCAUAAACUUGAUUCUCUUGUCCAGAGCUUUGGUUAUGUACAGUACAGCUCUUAAAUUUUCUUAUCUCCAUUAUGUCUUUACUUAAUUACCCUAUAGCUUAGUGGUACAAAUGUAGAUCAUGUAAAGAGGCUGAGGUUGUAUGGUACAUACUACAUACUACAUACUACAUACUACAUACUACAUACUACAUACAGUAGUAUAUAUGGACUACUUUCUUAUUGCAAUGUACGUAUAGAAUACAUUUAUACAGUUGUGCUUAAAUAAAAUAGGCAAUUUCCGAGGAAUAGAUACUUUGCUUUAUCAUAA